AUGGCGAAGGUGGUCCGGCCAAAGCCCAAUCUUGCGGACCACGUAUUCAAAUUCUGCAUGAAAAGCUCUGUUGUCCUUGGGAGCUGUUAUUUUGUUGUGCUGGCUUAUAUUGCAAUCUCAAAUCCACAGUUGGAGAAGCUGUGCUUGCUGCCGUUUUUUGGUGUUGCUGUUGCCGCUCCAUUGUAUGCAGCAGCUUUACUGAAAGAGUGUGAUCGUUAG